AUGGAGCUUUCCUCCGGUCAAGCUUUAGAUUUGAACUUCUCUCAAGAAUUAUUGGAUUCUGCUCAAGAAUUAAUGGACUCAUCUCAAGAAUUAUUGGAAUCAUCUCAAGAGUUAGUAGAAACAUUUCCUGAUGAAGAGCGUGAUGAAACGCAUGAUGAAACGCAUGAUGAAGUGCAUGAUGAAGCGCAUAGUGAAGCGUAUGAUGAAGUGCAUGAUGAAACGUUUGAUGAAGUGCAUGAAGUCCAUAAAGGACAAGAUUUGGUUGGGAUUAAUGAUCCGUUACCUCAUAUUAAUAAACCAAUUGUAUUCGCUAUUGAUGAUACUUUUCCUAACUGGCUAAUUGCAGAAUAUUAUGUUACUCAAUAUGGCCGCCAAAAGGGAUUUGUUGCAAUUAAGAUACGUUGUAAAACUGAUCAUAAUGGGCAUUUAACAAACCUGUAUUAUAAAUGUGAAUUUGGUGGAACAUAUCAAUCAAAAAAGACUAAUAACUUACAAAAUCAACAUAAUAAAGGCUCUAAAAAAAUUAAUUGUGAUUGGAAAGUUAACUUGUCAUCUGCAACUAGUAUGAUUCAUAUCACUAGUUUUAAUGAUCACCAUGUUGAGCAUCAACUUUUACCGGAUACAAAUAUUUUUGCCCCAGUAAAUCGCCGGUUUUCUGAUGAUUGUCAUGAAGAAAUUCGGCACUUGGUAGUAAAUGUAAUAGAAGCAAUACAACAAUGUAUUGAGCGUGAAAAUUUUAAUGAACAGUUCAAUUUAUGGUCUCAGGAACGAAUUAAUUAUAAUGAUAAUAUUGUUUUACGUUCUGUUUUUUCAGAAAUCGUCCAACAAAUCAAUAAAUAUUUAACUCCAAAUCUAGCAACUGAGCAACAAAAACAGAUAGUUCAAUCAACGAUAUACCAUGCUCAGAUAUUCAAUUUGUGGGACUCUGAUAAUUCGUUAAACUUACAAGAAAUUACAUACAAUAAUGAUUUUAUUGAGAACAUUUAUGACAUUUCACAAUUAUAUUUAUUGGCUCUGAUUAAAGAAAAUGAAUAUUUUUCCGUUAAAGAACUAUUUCUAACAUCAAGUCGAAAUACUGAAUUAACACCGAUUAUACAUCAAUUAAGUAAUGCGAUGAGCAUGAACUUACUUAGAAUUGAUGAUAUUCAGGAAAAUAACCUUCAAAAAUCAAUAAAUAAAAAGUAUCAGUAUAACAAAUCAAUGAGCCUCGCAAAGAAAACUAUUACAUUACAGGGUGAAAGUGAAAAUGACAAUGAAUUAGAUACUAUCUUGAAAAAUUAUAUUGAAAAGAAGAUACUUCAGCAUGAAAAAGAAACUAAAGAAAGGGAACAGAGAGUUCUUAGAGAAAAUUACAAUUUAGAGAAUGUUUUAGCUGUAAAGACAGAUAACGAACAAAUAAUUUCUAUCGAUGAUGUUGCUAAUCCUUUACGUCAUGUUGGAAAAGGGGCUCCACGCAAGAAUCGUAUUAAGGGUGUGCAAGAAGAAUAUCAACCAAAAAAGAAAGUUAAAUCAAAUACAGGUACCGGUACCAGACUUUGUGGAUACUGCCAUGAACCCAAUCAUUAUCAAAACAUGUGUCCACAAAAAAGAUCUAACCUAGAAGAGUAA